GUGAAAGUGCAAGCUGCCAUUUUUUCGAAGAAAUCUUCCCGAUUAGACAAACAAAGCCAAACUGUGAGUCUCACCGUCACCCUGUAGCAGCUUGUGGUUUCAUCUGUUGGCGUACCGAAGACACACUUUGCAUGAGUAUAACAGAAGCCCGGUUUUUUUUAGGUUUUCGUGUUAAAGCGCGCGGUUAGCUCGGGGCUGCUCUGCGUUGCAGAUGGCUGCUUAGCUCGGCUAGCUAGCGUUAGCUGUAGCUGUAAACAAACAGUACCGACAGUGAGGAAACAGCAGCUGAUAAACCAGCUCACACCUAUCAGGUCGGAGCUCAGUCGCUCCAGAGCGGGUCGGGGUCCGUCGGGUCACGGGGGAAACACACACUGUCACCGGCAUGUCGUCCUUCUCCGAGUCGGCCCUGGAGAAGAAGCUGACGGAGCUGAGCAGCUCGCAGCAAAGCGUCCAGACUCUGUCUCUGUGGAUCAUCCACCACCGCAAACACUCAGCCCUCAUCGUCAAAGUGUGGCACAGAGAGCUGAAGAAAGCUAAAAGCUCUAGGAAGCUGACGUUCCUGUACUUGGCCAACGAUGUCAUCCAGAACAGCAAGAAGAAAGGACCUGAGUUCACCAAAGACUUUGAGACUGUCCUCGUCGAUGCCUGCUCCCACGUUGCCAGUGAGGCAGACGAGGGCUGUAAAAAGCACAUGGAGAGACUGCUGAACAUUUGGAAGGAGAGGAGCCUCUACAGAGGAGACUUCAUUCAGCAGCUCAAACUGGCGAUAGAGGACUCCAACAGCCCCAGGCCCUCCGAGGAGAGGAAGGCUGUGAAAAGAAGCUAUCAGAAGAUCCAGGAAGAUGAAGAUGACGAAGACGACGACUACAGAAGCCACACCUCGCCUCACAGCACAGACAUGUCUGCAACUCAGCUGACAGAGGAGCUGGUGAAGGCCCUACAGGACUUGGAGAACGCUGCCUCCGGCGAUGCGGCAGUACGUCAGAAGAUCGCCUCGUUGCCGCAGGAAGUCCAGGAUGUUUCCUUGCUGGAGAAAAUCACUGACAAGGAGGCAGCAGACAAGCUGUCGAAGACGGUGGACGAAGCAUGUUUGCUGCUGGCGGAGUACAACGGACGACUGGCUGCGGAGCUGGAGGAUCGUAGGCAGCUGGCUCGCAUGCUGACUGAAUACAUCGGCAGCCAGAAGGAGGCGCUCAUGGAGAGAGAGAAGAAACUGGAGGAGUAUAAGCAGAAACUGGCGAGGGUGACCCAAGUUAGGAAAGAGCUGAAAUCCCACAUCCAGAGUCUCCCCGACCUCUCCCUCUUGCCCAACGUGACCGGGGGUCUGGCCCCGCUCCCCUCGGCCGGAGACCUCUUCUCCACCGACUGAGAGGUCUUGUCUCUGCUUAGACAAACUACCCCCAUGCCCCUCCCCACCCCACCCCACCCAAACCCAGCUCCAUGUUUGAUUCACACAACACUUCCAGCUGUGUCUCCAGCCAGAGGACACGUGGUCGAACCUCUCCCGGCAGCCAGCUCACCUGCUAACUCCGAACCUAUAGGAGAGGAGGGAGGGAUGGACAUUAGAAGCAAGAAUCAAACCUCUCUGCAGAGGAGAACAGAGACUCUGCCAGCCUGGAUUUUUCCAGCACUUGCUUGAUCGACAAGGAUUCCAAUCCACCAGCUUGGAACAAGUAUGUUUCCUGUUUGUUUUUAUUUUAUUUUUUAAUGCUGGAAAUGAUCUAGGAAGGGAGGGGGUGGGGGGUAAAGAAGCAAGGCCUAGACAGACAUAAAUGUUGGCUGUCAGGAGGUGUCAAUCAAAGUGUCUUUCUGUGUGGUAUAUUGUGGAUUCAGUGAGCAAAGCUGGGCCGCUCUCACAAAACUCAGAGGUUGUGACAACACUGUGAAGAGGACGUACCAUUUACUAGUUUUAGUUUUUUGGUUUUCAGUUGGUGACUUUUUAUUGACCGAUAGGUGGUUUUGAUGUGUGUGUAAAAUUAUAGAAGAUAUCAUAUUGGAUUCAGUGUACGUUGCUUUUUUGUUGCAUCAUGAACACAUCAUCAACAGCUGCUACUCAGCAUGCUCAUUUCAGUAACGCUGCAACUGGAUAGUUAUUGAGUAGGUUUUGUCCUCUGAGUUGGUAAUGAUGUAAUAAUUGCGUACUAGAGAAGGUCUAAGUUUUACAAAAUAAAUCUUCAAAGUUUGAGAAAACA